GCGUCCACUUUGCAAGACUUGGAGCGCGAGUUGAAAGCCGUGAGACUCGAGUUGGAAAGAGUGGAGUCGGAAAAGGAGCGCUUCUCGCAGGACAUGACAGAAAUGAGCAAAGCGUCGGAAGAGACGGAAUGGGAGCGCAGGAGUCUGAGAGUGGAGUUGAAGGAACUGAAGCUGAGAGAGUCGCGACUCUUGGCCGACAACAACGAACUCGAAGAAGAGAACAUUUCGCUGCAAAAACAGGUCUCUGUUCUCAAGUCGUCUCAAGUGGACUUCGAGACGUCCAAACACGAGGUGAGGCGUCUUCAGGAGGACAUGGAGGCGUUGAACGCUCAGCUCGAGGAAUACGAACACUUGAAGCGGAUCGCCGAACGGCAGAUGGAAGAGGCGUUGGAAGCGUUGCAAUCGGAAAGAGAGCAGAAAUACGCGGUGAAGAAGGAGUUGGACCGCCGGAUAAACUCGGAUUCGAUCCACAACUUGUCGACAUUCGCGGGAUUCGCGGGUUUGAAGUUCGCAAGUAAGCGGUCGGCGGACAACGGCUCGCAUUCUUUC